AUGUUUUCACCAAGGUGUUGUCAGCUACCGAGGGCAGCACAGGCAGCGGAGGCUCAGGCUUCUGCUUCAAAGACCGAUGGCCUUGUAAAGGCCAUGAAGGUAGAGGCUUGGAAGCCCGCAACAAGAGAAGAGGAGCUGAAGACCUGGAGAGAUUGGUACUUUCAGCUUACUACUUGGUUGAUUGCAAAUGACAAUGGCUAUGAAGAUGAGCUUGGUCAGAUUGACCCCGACAGUCCGGUGGAUCAUGAUUUGCUGGAGGAUGAAUCAGUGCAGCGAAGCCAAAAGCUGUAUGGCCUGCUUUGUUCACUACUCAAAGGGCGACCUCUACUGCUCAUACGUUCCUUGGAGAAGGAGAAGGCUGGAUAUGAGGCCCUUCGAAUCCUAAAGCGCGAGAUGGAGCCGAAGGAGAGAGCCAGAAGUCUGGCCAUCACUAAGCAGCUGGCAUCUUGGCAAUUGAAAGAAAGCACUGGGCUGCAUGAGCAACUUGUGGCCUAUGAAGAGGCUUUGCGAAGUUAUGAGGCGAGCUCUGGAAACUCCUUUCCAGACGACUUGAUGGUUGCUACCGUGGUGACAGGGUUGAAGGAACCCCUCAGGUCACAGGCGCAGCUGCGAAUGAGAUCAUCGACAACGUACAGUGACAUUAGAGAAUGGAUCCUGCAGUAUGAGAAUGUGAACGCCCUGGAGCUCUUCAUUGGCUCAAAAGGGUCCAGGCCUGAGCGUGGGAAGCAUGGCAAAGACAAAGGAAAGGGUGGAAAGCAAGGCAAGGAUAAGAAAGGCAAGCAACAGCACCAAUGGCAAGGAGGCAAGCAGCAGCACCAAUGGCACGGCGGCAAGCAGCUGCAACAUGGCAAAGGCAAGCGCCAGCAGCCAUACAGCUGGGGGAAAGGAAAAGGACAUGAUGCGUCCUCCUCCUCUGGCAAAGGCUAUGGUGGUGGAUGGGAGCCCCAAAAGGGCAAGAAGGGCAAAGCCUAUGGGAUUGACUGUGACCCUGGUGACUUGGAUGACUUCAGCUUGCCUGGCGUGAGAAUGAUACAAACGGGACCUCAGCGCUUUCAGAUGGACGCAACAGACAAUGAUGAUUGCUGGGAAGUGUGGCACCCCUCUGCCCUUGAUGCUGACUUGGUUUCAGAAGGUGGCAAUGACACUCAAAAGGUUGCUGCUGGAGUGCAAGUCAUUGAAAGUGGUGGUGGAUACCAACCGGCUUUGGAUGUGGUUGUUGACUCUGGUGCUGAUGUCUCUGUGGCUCCUCUGUCCUUCAGGCACAGUGGUCAGGCGGCUGGACAUACAGGAAUCCUCAUGCAGGAUGUGGAUGGCCGACCUGUCCAAAUUCGAGAGCGGUUCUGCGUUGCAAAUAUCGGCUCUGUAAUCCUUUCACUGGGCCGUUUGAUCAGAGCUGGAUGGAAUAUGUUGCGCAGAAACACCCUGGUCAUGGCAGCAGUGGUUUCAGCAAUAGCAAUGUUUGAUGCGGGGCCGCUCCCACCAGAAGCCGAAGAAGUUGCCUCCCAGGACUCCCUUUGGAGCACUGAUGACUGGUCAUGGGUGAGUGUGUUCGUUAGAAAGGAUGUGGCUACAAGGCAGCCUCAGCCAGGAGAUGUUUGGCUCCAGGUUUUGUCAAUGAGCAGCCACGACUUUGAGAGGCACCGCCGGCAGCUGAUCUUGAUUGAUAGCGAGCUGCAUGGCGAGCAUGACUUGUGUAUACUGCUGCAUGUGGAGGAGAUCCCCACGAAUGCUUUGACUGAACCUGGAGAGUUGUUUGCUGCGCCGUGUGAAAGGGACCCCCCUUUUGUUCCGGCGGGAGAGGAGCCAGGAGCUGGAGCCAUGGUGGGUGAUGUCAUGGCGGAAGGGCGCCCAGUGAGAGGCGCUGAAGAGAAUGAGGAUGGUGACGUCAAGCUUGAUGGCGUGCCGCUUAACAUGGCAACGCCCCUGAAAGACCUCAAGGAUCUGUGCGCGCAACUUGGCCUGGCUACCAGCGGGGCCAAACCUACAGUCCUCAAGAGGCUCAGGGACCAUCAUGAGGUGAUGGAGAAGCAGUUGGCAAGCGAAGUGGCCAGGAAAUUGUUUCAGGAGCAGGAGAGAGCACCUGAGACUUUGAGGGCACCAGUUCUUCCCAGCGCAAGGAGCAAACAAAGCCCUCACAAAGUCCUGGAUCCAGACAAGAGGCUGCUGAUGGUCAAGAUGGUGCAGAAGCACAGGCCGCUGUUGAGGAAGGUACAGAGGAGAUCCCAGACUACAAAUCAGUUUGGGCUGAAUCUUGCCGGAGCUGAGCCAACCACAGGAUGGGUGAUUGCAAUUCCCUUGAUGGCGAAGGGAUCUGCUUCCUUGAAAAAGGUUACAGAGCAUAUCACUCGUCUCAGCAUGCAGGUUGGAGCUGGUGAGAGGAUAGUGGUCCAAGGUGACCCGGAACCUGCAGUAAAGCAGGUCAUCAACAGCGUGGAGGCCUGCAGAGUUAAGCUGGGAUUGGCAACGGACACGAGGCUUGCGCCAAGAGGGUCACAUGCCAGUAAUGGCCUGGCUGAGAAGGCUGUGGAUACUGUGAGGAGGAAUGCCUUGACCCUGAAGGCACACGUCGAGGAUCGCAUCAAGGCAAAGAUCGGUGGACAUUGCCCAAUCUUUGCGUGGCUUUUGAGGCAUACAGCUUUUCUUCACAACCGUUUCUUUGUCACUGGCAAAGGUGCUCCACCCUUUGAGAUUCUCCAUGGUCGCCAGUACAAAGGGAAGCUGAUUGUCUUUGGAGAGCAGUGCAUUUUCCAUAAGCCCUCAAAGUACAAAGGUGAUGUGCAAUGGCACAGAGGAAUAUGGGUUGGAGUUAAUGAGCGCAAUGGUGCACAUGUCUUGCUCACCAAUGAGGGUGCCUUCGAGAGUCGAUCCAUACGGCGGCUUCCAGGUGAAGAGCAGUGGUCAGCUGAGGCCGUUCUUCAAGCCCAAGGCUUGCCUUGGGACUACAAGGGCAAGCUCAAAAGGAAGAAGGCGUUGUGUGCCUCAGCCCGUGCUCCUCUCCUUCCUGACAAUGCUACCUUAGAAGAGUUGGCCAGGGCAGCGGGAAAAGCGGCAGCAGAGACAAUUGUGGCAGCAACUCCCAACCUCAGAAGGCAUGAUGAUGAAGCUGGAUCGGAUCCCGAGACUUCUUCAGUCCCUUCUAUGGGGGUUCUUCGAAGAGCAGUUCUGGAGCACAAUCAGAAACCAGAGCAGUUCCAAUCCAAUCCGAGGGAGCAUCGCCAGCGCAAGCAAAAGCAGUUUCAGUUCCGCCCAAAGCGGGAGCACAAGCAGAGGCCAAAGCAGUUCCAGUCCAAUCCAGGGGAGCAUCGCCAGCGCAAGCAAAAGCAGUUCCAGUUCCCAGGGCAGGUGAAGGUUGAUAGUGAGCAGGCAGGCAGUUGGGUCGCCAACCAGUGCUGGAUCAUUGAUGCGCUGGAGAGUGAUCCCACGGAUGAGGUGGUUUGGGAUUAUGGUGGAGAAUCUCCACCUCAGCUCUCCUCUGAAGAGCUGAGGCAGGUGGACCUCAAGAGUGACUUGAUUGAGGUGGAGAGGCUCGUUGAAAUGGGUAGUGCGCGACUGGAGAAAGCGGCCAACAUGGAUCCGGAGGAGCAGACUGGUGGUGGCUUGAUAACCUUUGUGUUGGAGCGGUUGUUACCUGGCCAGAGGAUUGCAGCAAGUGAGUGGUUCAUUUUCAUUCGUGAUAUUCUCUCUGAGGUCCAAGUGAGUGAGCCAAUGAAAGAUGUGGGUGACGAGCUGGAGUUCCUCAAGAG